GGGGGGGGGGGGGCAAGAAAGGCGGUGAUCGAGGUUUUUUUUUGGGUGUUGGGGUGUUCCAUAAAAGGGAAUGGUUUUUGCUGGUGGAGCUGUACUGUUCGUUCAUGGGGUUUUCGUUUCUGGGUUCUGUUGAUGCUUUGGCUAUGGGGACUGGUGGAGCUUAGGCUGGGUCUGUGCUAACUCGGUUCUUGCCUUCUGCAGUUUUGGUCAAGGUGCUAAGUUCAAAAUGUCUUCCUCGAGGCCAAGCCAGUCAUCAAACAACUCGAACAGGUCAAGACACAGCGCGAGGAUCAUCGCACAGACUACAGUAGACGCAAAACUCCAUCAGGACUUUGAGGAGUCAGGAAGCUCCUUUGACUACUCAAGCUCGGUUCGGGUCUCCAGUGCCUCGAAUGUGGACGCACAGCCGAGAUCCGACAGAGUGACCACUGCCUACCUCCACCAUAUACAAAAGGGCAAGCUGAUUCAGCCUUUCGGUUGCUUGUUAGCUCUAGAUGAGAAGACCUUUAAGGUUAUUGCCUACACUGAGAAUGCUCCCGAGAUGCUUACAAUGGUGAGUCACGCAGUCCCCAGUGUCGGUGACUGCCCAGCCCUUGGGAUUGGAACCGAUGUUAGGGCUAUAUUUACCGUGCCCAGUGCCUCUGCCCUUCAUAAGGCUCUUGGGUUCGCAGAUGUUUCUCUACUGAAUCCCAUCUUAGUUCAUUGCAAGACCUCGGGAAAGCCCUUUUAUGCAAUUGUCCAUCGGGUAACUGGGAGCUUGAUUGUGGACUUUGAGCCUGUGAAGCCUUAUGAAAUCCCAAUGACUGCUGCUGGGGCUUUGCAGUCCUAUAAACUUGCAGCAAAGGCUAUUGCUCGACUUCAGUCUUUGCCUAGUGGAAGCAUGGAGAGGCUUUGCGACACGAUGGUUCAAGAGGUCUUUGAACUCACAGGUUAUGACCGGGUUAUGACCUACAAAUUUCAUGAUGAUGAUCACGGCGAGGUCAUUGCUGAGGUUACUAAACCAGGUCUUGAGCCUUACUUGGGCCUGCAUUACCCUGCCACAGACAUCCCACAAGCAGCACGUUUCUUGUUCAUGAAGAACAGGGUCCGAAUGAUCGUGGACUGUCGUGCAAAACAUGUGAAGGUCCUUCAGGAUGAGAAGCUUUCUUUCGAUCUGACUCUGUGCGGGUCCACCCUCAGGGCCCCGCACAGCUGCCAUCUACAGUACAUGGAGAACAUGAACUCCAUAGCUUCUCUUGUGAUGGCGGUGGUGAUUAAUGAAGGGAAUGAGGAACCCGAGAGCAGCAACUCUUCUGAGGCGGGCUUGCAGAAGAGGAAGAGGCUCUGGGGCUUAGUGGUCUGCCACAACACGACUCCAAGAUUCGUCCCCUUCCCUCUUCGAUAUGCUUGCGAGUUUCUUGCUCAAGUAUUCGCCAUCCACGUGAACAAAGAGCUUGAGUUAGAGAAUCAGAUAGUGGAGAAAAAUAUCUUGAGGACGCAAACUCUAUUAUGUGAUAUGUUGAUGAGAGAUGCUCCGCUGGGGAUCAUGUCCCAGAACCCGAAUAUAAUGGACCUUGUUAAGUGUGAUGGAGCUGCUUUACUCUACAACAACAAGAUACAUAAGCUGGGAUUGACUCCCACUGACUUUCAGCUACGAGACAUAGCCUCAUGGCUCGGUGAGUACCACAUGGAUUCCACGGGUCUAAGCACCGAUAGCUUAUAUGAUGCUGGGUUUCCGGGUGCUUUAGCUCUAGGGGAUGCAGUCUGUGGAAUGGCUGCUGUGAGGAUUUCAGAAAAGGAUAUGAUCUUCUGGUUCCGGUCUCACACAGCCUCGGAGAUCCGAUGGGGUGGAGCAAAGCACGAUCCUGGUGAGAAGGACGAUAACCGGAGAAUGCACCCGAGGUCAUCUUUUAAGGCAUUUCUUGAUGUCGUUAAGACAAGAAGUCUUUCUUGGAAAGACUAUGAGAUGGACGCAAUCCAUUCCUUGCAGCUUAUCUUGAGGAACACAAUCAAGGACAUGGAUGCGAUUGAGGUCAAUACCACAGCCAUCCACACGAGGCUCAAUGAUCUUAAGAUUGAUGGGUUGCAGGAACUGGAAGCUGUCACGACUGAGAUGGUGCGAUUAAUUGAGACUGCUACUGUGCCUGUCUUGGCGGUUGAUGUGAAUGGGCAUAUAAACGGAUGGAAUUCAAAGGUUGCUGAGCUAACAGGACUUCCAGUUGAGAGAGCCAUUGGGAAGCACCUUCUCACGCUUGUUGAGGAUUCUUCGGCUGAUGUGAUGGAAAAGAUGUUGUCCUUAGCAUUACAAGGCAAAGAGGAGCGGAACAUCCAAUUCGAGAUUAAAACGCAUGGAACCAGUGCAGAUGAGGGUCCUAUACGCUUAAUUGCGAAUGCCUGUGCGAGUCGGGACCUUCAAGAAAACGUUGUGGGAGUGUGCUUCGUGGCCCAAGAUAUCACUGCCCAGAAAACUGUCAUGGACAAGUUCACUCAAAUUGAAGGAGAUUACAAGGCGAUUGUCCAUAACCCGAACCCCCUGAUCCCUCCUAUCUUUGGCACAGAUGAAUUUGGGUGGUGUUCUGAGUGGAACACUGCAAUGGCAAACCUCACUGGAUGGAACCGUGAGGACGUGAUAGACAAGAUGCUCCUAGGGGAGGUCUUUGGGAUCCAGUCGGCAUGCUGUCGUCUCAAGAACCAGGAAGCAUUCGUGAGUCUUGGGGUAGUUCUCAACAAUGCAAUAGCCGGUCAGGAAUCUGAGAAGGUUUCAUUUGGUUUCCUUUCUAGGACCGGAAAGUACGUCGAAUGCCUCUUGUGCGUGAGUAAGAAGCUCGAUCGGGAGGGCGCGGUCACCGGGGUCUUUUGCUUCUUGCAGCUCGCAAGUCCUGAGCUGCAACAAGCAAUUCACGUUCAGCGAUUAUCAGAGCAAACUGCAUUGAAGAGAUUGAAAGCAUUGGCUUACAUAAAGAGGCAGGUAAGCAAUCCACUCUCCGGGAUUAUGUUUUCCGUGAAAAUGCUUGAAGGAACCAAUCUUGGAGCUGAACAGAAGCAGCUCCUCCAAACUAGCGGACAGUGCCAGCGCCAGCUCAACAGGGUCCUUGAUGAUUCUGACCUCGAUAGCAUCAUUGAUGGAUACUUGGAGCUGGAAAUGGUCAAGUUCACUCUGCACCAAGUAGUAGUUGCUUCUGUAAGUCAGGUCAUGAUGAAGAGCAGUGCGAAGGGCGUAAGGAUUGUCCAUGAUGCAGCAGAAGAUGUCAUGAAGGAAACAUUAUAUGGAGACAGCCUUAGGCUUCAACAAGUCUUAGCCGAUUUCCUUUCAGUAUCAAUAAAUUACACAUCAAAUGGAAGCGUCCUUCUUGUUACUGCUCAGUUGACUCGGGAUCGUCUGGGUGAAACAGUCCAUCUAGGAAGGCUGGAGCUGAGAAUAACUCAUGCUGGAGUGGGAGUACCCGAAGCUUUGCUGAACCAAAUGUUCGGGAGCGAUGGGGAGAUAUCCGAGGAUGGAAUAAGUCUGCUUAUAAGCAGGAAACUCAUAAAACUCAUGAAUGGAGAUGUGCAGUAUCUGAGGGAAGCUGGGAAGUCGAGCUUCAUCAUAACCGUCGAGCUUGCUGUAGCCCAUAAAUAGGUGGUUUGAGUUGCCUAUCGAUGAGCAGAAAACCGAAGGCUGUCUUGUGUAAAGUUUUGAGUUAGGAUCUGGGACUUCGUGUUGUAUCAUAUAUCGUCUUGCGAACUUUGAUGUCUAGUCUUGAACUUGUAAAAUUCUCCUGAUUGAAGAGCUAACCCGAGAGUUGAGAGAGGAUGUUGUUCAGAGUCGAGUGGUCCCGUUUUGUCUUUGAAAUCGACAAAGCUGUCCUUAAACGUUUCUAUUGCUUUGAUUUCAAACAUUCUGUUGUUCAAGCUGUUAAUGAAGAAGUUUCUUUUCUGCAGUGA